AAAAUCGCGCUGCAGCUCAAAGCCACUCUGGAGAAUGUAACCAACCUUAGGCCAGUGGGCGAGGACUUCCGGUGGUACCUGAAGCAUUUGCGCAACUGAGCCAACUACUUUACUAAUACUCUUUUCCCCUCCCCAAGAUGAAAUGUGGCAACUGUGGUGAGAUUUCAGAGAAGUGGCAGUACAUUCGGCUGAUGGACAGCGUGGCACUGAAGGGAGGCCGUGGCAGUGCCUCCAUGGUCCAGAAGUGCAAGCUGUGUUCGAGGGAAAACUCCAUUGAGAUUUUGAGCAGCACCAUCAAAUCUUACAAUGCCGAAGACAACGAGAAGUUCAAGACGAUAGUAGAGUUUGAGUGCCGAGGACUUGAACCAGUCGAUUUCCAGCCCCAGGCCGGGUUUGCUGCUGAAGGUGUGGAAUCGGGGACAGUCUUCAGUGACAUUAAUCUGCAGGAGAAGGACUGGACUGACUACGAUGAAAAGGCUCAGGAGUCUGUGGGAAUCUAUGAGGUUGCCCACCAGUUUGUGAAGUGCUGAAUCCCCUUCCUGCACACUUGCCUCUAAGAACUGAAAAGGGACAGCGUGCCCCAAGCAGCAGAGUGCAGAGGCUGGUCCCGUCAUCCCUCAUCUCCUGGCAGCUGUCCAGGCCCACACAGCCUGCGUGCUGGACUCUGUCACAGCUUCCCAAGCCCCACCAAUAAAGCCCCUGUUUGUGCUACA